AACCCCACCGAAGAAGAUUCCAUAGGAACGCUCCGCAGAACUCGGAUAAAUCAGGGGACAUACGUAGACUAGUACGGUUGUCAGCUGUCAGUGCACUUUACAGCCUGGUUUCCAUACAACGGUGAUGUCAUCAUUUCUGCUGUUGUCAGAAUAGUAGUUUGAACAGAAUACUUACAGACAACACAGCAGCAGACAGUUGUAGUUCCAUCAUGGCCGACGAUAUGUUUUCCCUCAUGAGUCUCGAAGACGAACUGAGCUGUAGCAUCUGCCUAUGUCCUUUCGACUGUCCGGUGACAAUUCCAUGUGGACACAACUUUUGCCAAGAGUGUCUCCUAGAAACCUGGAAAGACAACUACAGCUGUCCACAAUGCCGGACCCACUUCACCACCAAACCAGAGCUGAAGAAGAACACCGUCCUCAGCACUGUUGUGGAAACGUUCAAAAUGAARUCRAAUAAAAGCGACCUCCCCARUGAGAYRGRCGACUUAAUCAWGUGGGAUGCGGUCAAGAUGGAGCCCAAAGAGGUGGYUAUCUUGUGYGACACCUGUAUGGAAGCCAAAGCRUUCAAGACCUGCCUCACCUGUAUGGCGUCGUUCUGCCUUGAGCACGUGAGGCCUCAUCAUGAGAACCCAGUGUUUGGCGCGCAUCAGCUGAACGAGCCUCUGGGCGACCUGCGCGACCGUAUCUGCCCCGACCACCACAAGCUGAUGGAGUUCUACUGUGUCCAACAUGGCCGCUGUAUCUGUGGUGUCUGUCUGCAGCAGGUGCAUAAAGGCUGUACCUUCUCCAACCCUGAUGAACAACGGGCACUGCAAGAGUCUGAUUUGAGGGGCAAGUUGAGUCUGCUGGAUGGAAAGAUUGACAAGAACCAGAUGGUCAUCUCUCAGAUGAGUGACCAGCAGAGCAAGUUGAAGGACUCUGCAGCCAGCAGGAAGAGAGCACUAGAGGAUGACUACCGUCAAAUCCGGGAGCUGCUGGACCGUGACGAGCGUGAGGCUCUGAACACCGUGGACCGCGAGCAGGAGAGCGGUCAGACCAAACUCCAGAACCUCAUAAAGAAGUUCAACCAGAACAUUGCSAAGCUUAGCGCAGCAAARGAUGGCGUCAACAGCCUGCUCAGUCARACUCAGACCGUGGCUUUCCUACAGGCCUCAGUUGACAUGCCGGCAGUGGUGGCCUUUGACCCCUAUACCCCGAAGGUGAACCUGGACUCUAAGGCCAUGGCAGCCUGGCAUGCCUACUCUGCAGUCCUGAGGGAGCAUCUUACACAUGUACUGAAACAGCCGGUAGAGGCCAGACUGCAGAUACUCAAACCAGCUGAGAGGUUUGCUCCUCCUCUGCUGCCAAACUUCUAUGAAAUGGGAGGCAUGCCACCACAAGGUCAUCCGAGAAUGCCUAGAUCCCACAGCCCAGGAGCUCCCCUCAGGGCAAACCAGAAGAAGCCUCCACAAGAUUCAAACCGAGAGAGAAAGUCAGACAAGAAACGAGAUCACAAGGAAUGGAAAGAACAUAAGGCUGACAAAAAUCCCCAAAAGCCACCUAAUGCUCGCAGAGAGUCCGCCACUCCUGUUCCACACACACCAAGGGACCACCUCAGAGGACAAUCAGCAGAACCCAGACCCAGGAACAGGGAGGACCCAGGACAAGCAAGUGUUCCCCCAAGUAUCACCUCUGCAGUAAAACGAAAUGACCUCCUACAAUAUGGCACGGUUCUCACCCUUGACCCCAAAACGGCCCACAAGCGCAUCUCCCUCACAGAGAACCUGACCAUGGCCUCUGUGUCAGACGAGCCCACCCCUUACCCCGAUGGCCCCGCCCGCUUCUCUGUCUGCAGCCAGGUGCUCACUUCCAAGGGCUUCUCCCGCGGCCGUCACUACUGGGAGGUCAAGAUGAGCAGCAACAACUUCACCGGCAUCGGCCUGGCMUACAACAGCAUCGACCGGAAGGGUCCGGCUAGCCGGCUGGGGCGUAACGCCCAGUCCUGGUGCGUCGAGUGGUUCAACGUCAAGCUGUCAGCCUGGCACGCCAGCAGUGAGACUGUACUGCAGAACCCGAAUCCGACCCGCGUCGGCGUGCUGUUGGAUUGCGAGGAGGGAACGGCCACUUUCUAUAACGUUCAGGACCGGGCAUACCCUUUCCAUACGUUUGUGUUCCAGUUCGCCGAGGCAGUGUACCCAGCGUUCUGGCUCUUCUCCAGCGGCUCGUCUGUUAGCCUGUGCAAGCUGCAGUCUUAAGAAGUUAACACAACACACACACACACACACACACACACACACACACACACACACACACAUUGUUCUCCCUCACAAAAAAUGAUAAUGUACAGCAUCUGGGUCAAUAAAUUACUUAAUCAUACUGACAUUGGGAACUUAUAUUGGAAAUGUACCUUAAAGGUUAUUAUUUGGUUGUAGUCACUAACUUUAGUAAUAAUGCAGUGUAGGUCAUAUCAUUUUGGACUUUGGCCUCUUGUAACUACAGCAACCUCUAAACAGGCAGCAUUUGUUAAUCAGUAACUAAUGAAAACUAAGCACUUGGAUACAGGUGAAGAAACAUUACAAAUGAUUUAUACAAUAUUAUUGUAUUGUCAAAAGCAUGACGACUUACUACUCUUGUUUUACUGCUGUUGUGAUGUCAGCAGCAUGCCGUAAAGGAUUUUAAGUUGAUUUAUUCCUUAAUGGUUACUCUGACAUAGCGAGUUCCAUUGGCUGGAUAGAAGGAAUUAUCUGACAUUGUGAUCAUUCAUGUCUGAUUCGCAAAUGGUUCCGCGUUAUAGGCAAACACGACUACUAAGUGGUAUAUUGAACCAGGCGAAUGAGUUCUUUCUCCUGUUCUGUAGUCCUGGCUAAAUGUCUUGAUCAUCCAGUUUAUUUACAGAUACAUUUAAGUGGUCUGUGGGUAGCUGUUUCUAGCCUGUUUUAUCAGAGCUUAUGAUCUCUUGGCGUGGGUCUUGGUAGUACACAGUAAUCACAUAUAAUAUACACAAAACAACACAAAUAAACGUGUCUAACAUGUAUGUUAUCUACUGUAUAUGAACAGUACCACACCGUUCAGAAGGCCAUGUACUGGCACACCUAUGCAAUGCUUUUGCUGGUGUCAGGCAUUCCGCAUUAGGGAAUGUCAUAUCCAAUAACACCACUGGAUAUAGAGACGCAAUGAAUAGAAGAGAAAAGCAUCCACAAUAUGCUUGAUACCCCUCAAAGGAAAAGUGGGUAUCGUUCACUUUUUUUCUUGAUCUAAUASAUUUUCGCUACAGUGUCUCACACAGAGCCUGUAAGUGAAGGGGGUUUCCGCAUGGUGCAGUGGGAGGAUGUGCUGAAAGCACUUCCUGACACUGCUACUACAGGCUUGAUAGAACCUAGCCUGGUUGCCASAUCUGCAUUUGGUUUAGAAUUACAGUGAACAGGGCAGAGGAUUUGGUUGAUCUGGCAACCAGGCUAGAUAGACCCAGCCUGGCCCAUAAGAACAAGCAGAGGUCAUUUAGACCCUGUGAACAGGAGUUUUUCCAACUCUGGGUUUUGUAAAUAGUGAUGAUUUAGAGCUGGUGUUUUGCCUGUCCAUGUGACCAGACAAAGGAAAAACUCUGGGCCAAAGUUAUAGCUAAUGUAGCUAUAGCCCAUACCUAGGGCCUUCUCAUGUCCUAGAAGGGUACAUAUGUCUGUUGGUGUUAGUUUGGACAUCUGUGGGUGUCACAUUGUCUGUGACGUGACUGCAUGCUUCUCAUAAUGUGUCUCUUGUUGAUUGGAUCUUUUCCAUUUAUGGAUAUACAGCCAUCGCUACGAUCGGAGAGCAAGUUGAGAAUUGCACGUGAUAGAUUMAUUUUACUUUGCAAAGCCUCAUGCCAAAUGAAUAGUUGGUGUCAUUGCCUUCUCCCUCUAUAGAAACACUAGUUUUCCUGAYUUAACGGAUUUCUACUGUUAGUGAAAUGAAGGCAAGCUGAUAUUUAAAGGUAAAGAUUAAUUCAUUUGCCAGAUUUAAGCCAUUAUUGCCACUUGCUUUUUAAGAGAUCUCGAAAGGUUUGGACAAAGUUUGAACGACUCGCGUACACAACGCCAGAUAAAGMGCAAAGAUYAGAGGGCCAUAGUCAUGGUCCUYGUGUGUUAGCAUGUUAUCCUCUCUGUCCAUUCCUUCCGUCUCAUUAGCAUGGUUCUUAAUUAAUGUGCUAAUGGUGUAAUUCGUGUUGGUUUGGUUUACUGACUUUCAGUUUGAUUGGGUCUUGUGUUUAACUGAAACCAAGAUAUUUGAAAUUGUUGAUUGUGUUUUAAAGGGUAAGGUAUUGAUUCUGUUUGUGUAUAAGGGGUUUAAUMUUGUUAAAGACAACUUGAUAAUGUCCCCUUGUGAUUUACUAUUAUAAGCUAUCUGUGCUGAUAUAUUCAUCCAAAAAUGUAUCACAUACAAAUACAUAUAGUUAAUGAGGUGUUUGUGGCUUAUUUGUUCCUCAUAUCUACACACACAUAGCUAUAUAUAUACACAUACAUACUGCAUUUGGUAUUCAUAUUACUUCAAACUGCUCAGGAGUAGACUUAUUGCAAUAUUAUAUACUUGCAAAACUAACAAUUAAAUAAUAUGUACUUAUUAGAAAACAAUGAAAUUCAAAAUUCAUAAUACAUAUGAAAAUAUUUAUUAUGGGUGUUUUCAAAUUCUAAUUUACAUUGCUUAUUACAUUSAGUGAAAUGUUMYGUUUCAACAUCUGUAGUAGCAAAUUCAGUAAAGCCAAUUAUUUUGA